GCACAAUGUAGGUCCAGGCUCCGCCUUUCUUUCUUUUCCCUCUCGACUGCGGCCCAACUUUACGCGUUUUGGUUAUUCCCUGGCCAGCCGCCAGGUCAAAAACUAUGCCUCAAAUACCCCGAGGAAAUGCUCGUCAGCCUGACUCCAGGGAGGCCCAAAAAGCCAUGGACAAGGAGCAGAAGAGAAGCCGAGGUGCUAUGUCCUGCGCUGAAUGUAGAAGGCUCAAAUUGAAAUGUGACAAAACGGUUCCGUGCUCUUCGUGCAAACGCAGAGGCUGCUCGGCUAUCUGUCCUAAUGGCUCCCUUACGACUGGUCAAGGAACUCGGUUUGUACUAGCAGAUACAGAAAAAUUGCAUCAGAAGAUCGCACAAAUGAGCGACAGGAUUCGUCAACUUGAAGAUGCACUUGCUAUUUUGGAAACCGGUCCUGGCGAUCAACAUCCUCUGUUGCAUAGAGAUCUCCUUGACAUCAAAUCAAUCAUAGAUUUACACGCUGCUGUGGAUGAGGAAACGUCGGCUAAAUCCAAGCAGGAGGUUGAUGACGACUCGCAAUACAUCGAAUCUUUUGGGACGCUCGCCAUACGGGACGAUGGAGCUGCAACUUUUUAUGGCCCAUCGGCUGGAUCGGAGAGUCUGCUCAUCGGAGAGUCUGCCGUACCACCUACGACUAAUUUUAGUCCAGGCGACAGAUUGCGGUAUAAUGAACGUCUGCCUUCCAGUAUCAAGCAUCUGUCGAAGUCUUUCCCUCUGGCUCCGGUGUUUAAUGACGAGGUCGAUCUCAACUACCUCAUUCAAAAUCAUCUACCUCCAUGGCACCGAGCUCGCCACUUGAGUGAGCUGUAUCUCCAGCAAGCACCAUGGUUCUUUGGAGCGGUAACAAAGCGGCAACUGAUGGAGGAGAUUCUUCCUUUGUGGUACGCAGAGGCAGCAGAUCUCAUCUAUCCGGGUUCUGUGGCACCACCAGCGACCGCAGAAAACGAGGCAAAUGAUGCUCUGAGCAAAGGUCCUCAUGAACUCGCCUUGAUGUUCGUGAUCUUCUGCUUCGGGUCACUGACGGACUACAGAUUGCCGCCUGCGCCAGACAACGAGGAAGCCGAUAUGUAUUUCAAGCUUACGCGCGCUGCCCUAAACUUGGAGCCCGUACUUGACCGACCACCAUCAGUAGCAACCAUUCAGACGCUGGCUUUGCUCGCGAUUUACCAGGGCCUUUGCAGUGGAGAAAACAGCAUCGAGAGCACCUGGGGAAUUUUUGGACUUGCAACGAAGUUGGCUCAGAGUAUUGGACUGCACCGUGAUUGUGCUCGCUGGCAGCUACCUCCGCAAGAGGUACAAAAGCGCCGUGCGCUGUUCUGGGAGCUCUUCAUCACAGACGGGUGGCAGUCCUUGGCCACAGGUCGUCUCGCUACGUUUUAUCUGCCCUUUGUAGACUGUGAACUGCCCAAUGACCCCGAUUCCACAGUGGAUGAAGAUGGAAGUGUUUUACUAAGUUUCCCGGCGUGGAAGGCUCGCUUUGGUUUCCAUUGCAUAUCUGCAGUCAUUCAACAUGCACAAACGGCAAAAGUACCAAAAUAUUCUGUUGUCAUCGAACUGGAUCGCAAGAUUCGCGACAUGGAGCUUCCGAAAUACGCUCAGCGACCUUCCAGAGAAGGCGCCGAACUUGGGGAAGCAAUGAAGCAUUACAUGCCCCAUAACUACCGGCACCUUACCUUGCUAUAUAUUCAUCGAUGCUUUUUUGCGGAAGCUGUAUCGAACAACCCCACAAACCCCAUGAUCAGCCCAUAUGCUCCAUCGUUCCUUGCAGGGUACCGCAGUGCCUGCGAGCUGAUUAGCGGUCUUCGUAGGCAGUUCGACUUGUUCCCAGCACAGAUCGCCCGCUUCUGGGUUCUAUGGACCCACGCGUUUUCCUCGUCCGUUUUGCUGUCUUCCGUCGUUACGCAUGCAUCCGGAAGCGGCUCCCGGUCCAAGAUCACCACUGCAGCCUUGACCGAACUGCGGCGCGCUAUCGAUCUUUUCAAGGAAGCGUCUGUUUUCGGAGGUCGAGCUGGAAAAUUCCUUCCUAUCCUUGAGAGGUUGUUGCAGAAAGCUGAGAAAGCAUAUAGUACUGCCACUCCUACUGUGACUCGACGAGAUAUUUUCUCGAACACUGGUCCAAAGAAGUCGAAGGAUGAACUUUCGAUUUUCAGUGGACAAAUCAACAAGGUCGCUACGAAGGCCCCCAUGCCACCGCCGUCAGGACGAUCCAGCCAUUCACCUCCAAACAGCAUAAAUCUGACUCAAUCUCCCCCGGUGCAGGGAGAAGCUACUCCCCCGCAGGCAUUUAGCAACAUUCAUCCAUCGCUGCGCGAGCAGUGGAGCACUUUCGAUGGCGAUAUCAAUGCUCAGCUUUAUAAUGCUCAACGAGACGCGUAUUACACUGAAGACGACGACUUCAUGGUACCUGCGGCGUCUGUUGAGGAAAGAAGCGGAAUGGCCAGUAUGCAGGAGGGCACAUCCCAAGCCCAGCCGGUCCAGCACCAGCUGCAUCCAAUUACCCAGCUGGCACAAGGAUAUCAUGACCAUUUUUCCGCCUCGUCGCAUGGUUUUUCUCAGCCAGUCGAGGCACAGAAGUCUUAUCAAAGCGAGAACCAGCGCCAGGAAUCUAUGUACUCGUCUGGAAGUCAAGGCCAACGCUAUCAGCAUGAGCCCCAGUACGCUCAGCCGCCGCCACAGUCUCAUCAUCACCAGCCUGGCAAUACCCAGUACCAUGCGGACCCUCAUCAGCAACAUCCCCGGCAACAUCCCCAGCAACAUCCCCAGCAACAUCCCCAGCAACAUCCCCAACAACAUCCCCAGCAACAUCCCCAACAACAUCCCCAGCAUCAGCAUCAGCACCGUCGUCCCGAUCCGCCACCACAGGAACACCAAUAUUAUAGCCAGGAACAGCCUGGUCAUUAUACCCAUGAUCCAUACAUGCCAUCAUCGUCCUUCAGUACUGCGGACCCUCACGCUCCUGGUGACUACAACACAACACCUUCCCAACCAUUUUGGGAAUCUGCACAGCAGUCGUAUCAGGCGCAGGGAAGCACUAUGUAUUACCAAUCAUCGUGCUAUGACAACCAGUACCAAACCUCCCAACAACCCCCUGCACCCGGUGCAGAAUACUCGUCGCUUACCCAACAGCACCAUCUGCAAGAGACGUGGCAAUCAUUCAAUGUUUACGUCGGUUCGCCAGGUCGGCCGACGUAGAGCAUGCGUCUUCUCCACCCACUUGAUCUAUGCUUAGCGCUCUCACUUGGCCACUUUGCAUUCUUUUCAGUUUCUUGUU